AUGGCCUCCUUCGGCUUCGACACUACCGCGGAAGAAGUUGUCUCAACCUUCGCUUCCAAUGUCAAAGGCCGCACAUUUCUCAUCACUGGUGCUAGCGCCAACGGGUUGGGUGCCUAUAUGGCCACUUCUCUUGCCAAGGCGUCGCCCGCGGCAUUCAUCCUUGCUGGUCGCUCCGAAGCCAAGGUGGCGCCUGUCAUCAAGGAGAUCGCCGCCAUCGAUCCGUCUAUCCGUGCCACCUUCAUUGCUGUUGAGCUUACCGACCAGGACAGCGUUCGAGCCGCAGCUGCCAAAAUCCUCGAAGACUCCAAUAUCUCCCAGAUUGACGUUAUGAUCAAUUGCGCCGGUAUUAUGUACGUCAAGGAGUUCACGACAGAUGCCGAGGGAAACGAGUUGCAGUUCAGUGCCAACCAUAUCGGACACUUCCUGCUCACGAACUUGCUGCUGCCCAAGAUUCUUGCCGCUGGUGAGGAUGCCCGCAUUAUCAACGUCUCGAGCCACGGACAUCAGCUCUCCGACGUGUGGUGGAGCGACCCGACCUUCAACAAGGGCAAAGACUAUCACGGAUGGAGCGGUUACGGACAAUCCAAGACCGCAAACAUCUUAUUCAGUGUCGAGUUAGCUCGCAGACUGAAAGACCGUGGGAUUGUCUCACUGUCUGUCCAUCCCGGAAGCAUCGGAGGCACUGGUCUCUUUAAUCAUGUUUCCAUGACAGAGCUUGACAAGGGCGACGAGAUCUCUCGAAAGAACACCGGAUUGCCUUUCGCGAUCGACAUGCCAUUCAAGACCGCGACUCAAGGGUGCUCGUCUAUAUUGGCGGCCGCGCUGGAUCCGGAGCUUGCGGUUCAUAGCGGCUCAUAUAUUCAGAACUGCCAGGUCGGAACGCCUCGAGAGUAUGCACUUGAUGGCGAGAAUGCGAAGAAGCUGUGGGCCAUGAGCGAGGAUUUGGUCCAACAGAGUUUUGACCUGUGA